AUUGCGUGCGACGCGCUCGGCGUGAGAGGGUUGGUUCCGACUUCCGCAACUUCCUCAACGGGCGCAUAUUAUACAAGUUUAAAAAACUCAACCGCUGUCAACGUUUCAACACCUCAAAACGUAUAAAAAACUACAAACUUCACAUCCGCAAUCAAAAUUCAGUACAAAUCGGAAUAAAACUCGUCGUAACCAACAUUCGAACAACCCCUGGAUGAAUUUAACCAUCAACCCAUAAAGUCUAUUAACUGUCAGUUGUGUUACCAGUGAAAAACCGCCUGGAAACUGCUUUCUAAUCGCGCAGGCAAUUAAAAUAAGUGUGUCACUAAAGUACUUAAGGAUUCGCUCACGGGACUCGUCACCGUCACCACCGGGAGCACUUUGCUGGUAUACCAUCAACAGAAAAACAAAGUUAUGUGAAUCCUUGAUGCCGCCCGCCAUGGAAUGGACACAGCAUGGAGGAGACUGCUCUUUGUUGCCGCGCCGCUCAGUAACCCGCUCAGAAAAUCAACGAUUCUGCUCAAACCGCGCAUAAAUGAAGCUGCACACCUCCAGUAAGAUGGUGGAGGAAAUUCUGGAGCCCAUGGAGGUGCAGGAAAUGCACAACAUUCACAUGGACAUCAAGGAACUGCACAACGUCGUGAUACUCGACGAGCAGACGCUCAUUCCCCUAGUCGCCAGCAACAGUAUCAUUAUAGAGGAUCACCUGGUCCAAGAGGAGCUACCCCCUCAUCACCGGCACUCCCAGACACAAAUUCUCAAAAUUGCUUAUGAGAACAGCGAUGGACUCAUCAACGCUGAAUAUGUACACGCCGUGGACGAAAACGAUUUACUAAACGCCGAUAUCGGGGAGCAAUUCAUCGACGACGUUAAUCUCUAUGAGGAGCAGGUACCCUACGGCACAGAUGAAGAAUUCAUCACCAGCGACCUACAUCAUGAUCUACACAAUACCAGUGGUAGCGUCAGCGGUAGUGUAGCGAGCUGCUCAUCGGACGGCGCCUUUGAUUCCGCUGACUUCAUGAUAGAAGCCGAUACAUUAGCGGAUUCCCUCGGACUUGACCAAAGCAUCAAAAGCACUAAUAAUAAUAAUGGACAUGCAAGGUUCGGGAAGAAUUCGCAGGGUACGAAAACCGGAGAAGAGACUGACCUGACCAGCUUAAACUGGUUGCACAAUAUUACGAAUAUUAUGGCGGUGCCCAACCUACCCACACCGCCAGUGAGUCCCAAACCUAAGAAGAAGCCACCGCAGCAAAGCGAAGACCUCACCAUCAAUAUCAAUUUCUACAAGAAGAACGGCGAUAAGAAGCCGCCGUUUUCGUACGCGACGUUGAUCUGCAUGGCGAUGGGUAAAAACGGGAACAAAAUGACUCUCAGUGCGAUUUAUCAUUGGAUCCGCGAGAAUUUUCUGUACUACCGGAAGGCACACCCCAGUUGGCAGAAUUCAAUACGACACAAUUUAUCGCUGAAUAAAUGUUUUGUGAAAGUGGCACGGAGUAAGGACGAACCCGGCAAGGGCGGUUUCUGGCGGUUGGACUUAGAAAGACUGGAAGAAUCUCGAAGAUCAAAGAGACGUUCCAGUUUGACGGUGCGUGAACCACGCCGGCAUCAACUCAACGGCCAACCAGCUGGUAAACCGCCUAGUAAACCACAACGCAAAGCAAAACGUUAUCGUCCUGCGAACAGUACCGGUGAACGCAAGCAUAACAUCCUAUCCAAUAUCUCCAUCUGCGGUGAGACAGAAAUUGAAAAUAUUGACGCCUACAAUAGUUCUUCGACAAACUCCGCCAAGAAACAGAAAACCGAGUCGAAAACAUCGAAAACCACGAGUAAUAAACUCUCCAUGCGGGAGAAGACCACAAAUUCGGUAGCGAAUAUUACUCCGAGUGCAAUUGUGACCACAUCAAACUCCAACUCAAAUUCUGCAUCCAAUGAGGGCGAACACAACGACAAGUUGGUGCCCUCAUCGAUGCCAAACCAAGGGGUAGUCGCCGAACCAAUCAACCCUAUUUUACAAGCGGGCAACACCAACGGUGCCCCGCCCACUGAUGAUGAAUUGACAGGUCUUCUACUCGCGAACAAUGGAUGGGACGAGUGCCAGUUGGAGCUGUUGGACUCCCUACUAGAUUCACUGUAAUAAAAACACACAGUACAAGAAAAAAGCAAACAUUUUUUACCGAACUACUACGACUACAACUCUCCUGCAUGAUGUAAAUAACAAAGCAAAAACAAGACGAAAACGAUAAUCAUGAUACACAACUGAAUUGCUGCGAUGUGUGAGGAAUAGAUACUACUAUAUUUCUAGCAACUAAUGUAAACUAACUGGAGUGGUUUUCUUGUGCCUUUUCGUGCCUUCUCUCUUCGUUUCGACUUUCUACCAAAGAGUAAACGUACUGUAAGUAGACUUUAAGAGCAACAAAAUAACGAACAUUCAAUGAAUUUGAUUCAACUCGUGUGUGUAUAAACUUCCGUCCAUGUACUUAGCUCUAAAUUUAAUUGUUUACAAAUAGCAAUAUGGCCGAGACGCAAAAUGUCACAAAUGUGAGAUAAGUAAUUAAUCCGUCCAAAAAACGAAGGAACUACAACAAAUGUUUGAUUGUUAAACGAAUAUUACGAAAACAUUUUGCAUUAAUUAAGUGAAUUGUGUUGUUUGCUCAUCGCCCAUCAGUCUCAAUAUGUAAUUAUUCAGUAUUAACCAAUUGAUUUGGAAUUGAAUGCGCGAGAAAGAAUUAGAAACAUGUACAAUGCUCAACGAAUGGAAACUUGAUCAACUAAUGAAGCGACAAAAUGUGGUAAUGAACGUAAUGGGGAUGUAAUUGCUCAGUUGGUUAAUUAACAAAUUUUGUUUCGCAUUUUUUAAUUGUAAAUAGUGUUUGAAUUGCGUUGAAAUGCCGAAAAUGAAACAAAAACCAAAAAAAAAAUGAUGAUGAUGAUGCAGAGAAGGUUGAUGAACAUACCAAAGAUGAAGUUUUAUUAAGAAUAUUUUUCUAGUCGCAAUCCUAAUCAUUAUGAACAAUUUAUUUGUCGUAUAAGAGAAACGUAUGAUAUAUUUAAAGAGAGUUCUCAUUGCGUUGAAGAUUAGUCUGUAAGUUCAUUCAGAUUAUUUCCGUUUGAAUAAGUUGAUCUUAGUAAUAUAAAUCAUGUGCCUGUAAUAAUAAUAAUAUAAAUUAUUAUAAUUAACGUAGUGUUACUUACGAAUUCGUAUUCGUUUGCAUCGAUUUUGGGACUUUGACGAAUUUGUGAACUUUGAUUGAUAGAAUGAGACAUUCUGAACAACAUUUCGGAAGGCAUUUGUACUCCUUCACACUGAAUCAUUCUUUAAAUAUUGUAAGCCCAUUUGAAAGAAAACUAUUACACAAUUGAACCAACAUCAUUGUAAAAGUGUAAAAUAUUUUUAUGUAAAAAUAGAAGUGGAAUGCUUAAAAA